GUACGGGGCAGUACCGGAAGUGAGAUCACAUCUCCCACGGGGUGAAAGGUUAGCGGAAGUGUGGUUCUUUCUUUUCUGCGCUAGGCCCUAGUGGUUGCUGUCGAAAUGGGCAAGUUUAUGAAACCCGGGAAGGUGGUGCUGGUCCUGGCUGGACGCUACUCCGGACGCAAAGCGGUCAUCGUGAAGAACAUCGACGAUGGCACGUCAGACCGCCCCUACAGCCACGCUCUGGUGGCUGGCAUUGACCGCUAUCCCCGCAAAGUGACAGCCGCCAUGGGCAAGAAGAAAAUCGCCAAGAGGUCUAAGAUCAAGUCUUUUGUGAAAGUGUAUAACUACAAUCACCUCAUGCCCACGAGGUACUCUGUGGAUAUCCCCCUGGACAAAACUGUCGUCAACAAGGACAUCUUCAGAGACCCUGCUCUGAAACGCAAGGCCCGACGGGAGGCCAAGGUCAAGUUCGAAGAGAGGUACAAGACCGGCAAGAACAAAUGGUUCUUCCAGAAGCUGCGGUUUUAGAUCUUUUUUGUUUCGGUCAUUAAAAAUCCAAAAA